GGCGGGGCCGGGAGAGCGGCCUGCGCUGCCCGGGUGGUAGAAGACGACGCUGGAGGCCACAGGCCGGAUAUUAACAGUGUGCAUUGUAUUAGUACAUUUCAGCAUCAAAACUUAAAAAUAACAAAGAAUGGCUGUGGAAGAACUUCAAUCCAUAAUAAAGAGAUGUCAAAUCCUAGAAGAGCAAGACUUUAAAGAAGAAGAUUUUGGCCUAUUUCAGUUAGCAGGCCAAAGGUGCAUAGAUGAAGGGUACAUAGACCAGUUAUUAGAAAUUAUUCAAAACGAAAAGAAUAAGGUCAUCAUCAAGAAUAUGGGCUGGAAUCUUAUUGGUCCUGUUGUUCGAUGCCUUUUAUGGAAUGAUAAGGAAGAUGAUAAAAGAAAAUAUUUUCUGAUGCUUGAGUUAUUGAUAAAGUUAUGUAAUCCCAAAGAAUUAUUGUUGGGUUUGCUUGAACUGAUUGAAGAGCCCUCUGGAAAACAGAUAUCCCAAAUUAUUCUUCUUUUACUUCAGCCAUUACAAACAGUGAUACAGAAACUUCACAGCAACAAGGCGUACUCAGUUGGAUUAGCACUGUCUACCAUUUGGAGUCAGCUAUCUCUUCUUCCUGUUCCAUACUCAAAAGAACAAAUACAAACAGAUGACUACGGCCUUUGUCAAUGUUGCAAGGCCUUAGUAGAGUUCACUAAGCCUUUUGUGGAAGAAAUCGUUGAUGACAAAGAAAACUCACUGGAAAAGGAAAAGUUAAAGGAUGAAUUACUAAAAUUUUGCUUCAAAAGCUUGAAAUGCCCUUUGCUGACAGCACAAUUCCCUGAACAGUCUGAAGAAGCUGAAAAUGAUCCUUUAAGGUGUUUUGCAUCUGAAAUAGUAGGGUUUUUAUCAGCAAUUGGAUACCCUUUCCCAAAAAUGAUUUUGAAUCAUGGAAGGAAAAAGAGGACUUGGGAUUAUCUUGAAUUUGAAGAAGAAGAAGACAAACAAUUAGCAGAGUCUAUGGCUUCUCUGGCAUAUCUAGUAUUUGUACAGGGCAUCAGCAUUGAUCAGCUGCCAAUGGUGUUAAGCCCAUCAUACCUUUUGCGAUUUAAUAUGGGGCAUAUUGAAGUCUUUUUGCAAAGAACAGAAGAAUCUGUUUUGUCCAAAGGACUGGAUCUGUUUGAGAAUGGUUUGUUGAGAAUAGAAGACAAUAGUCUACUUCACCAGUACUUAGAAAUCAAGAGUUUUCUGACUGUACCUCAGAGCUUAGUCAAAGUAAUGACGCUCUGCCCUGUUGAGACAUUGAGGAAAAAGGGCUUAGCUAUGCUUCAGCUGUAUAUUAACAAGUUGGAUUCUCAAGGCAAAUAUACGUUAUUUAGGUGCUUACUGAAUACAAGUAAUCACUCAGGUGUGGAGGCCUUUGUUAUUCAAAAUAUCAAAAAUCAAAUCGACAUAUCAUUAAAGAGAACACAUAACAAGUGGUUUACAGGACCACAGCUAAUUUCCCUUCUAGAUUUGGUACUCUUUCUCCCAGAGGGCGCUGAAACAGAUCUACUGCAAAACUCAGAUAGGAUAAUGGCUUCAUUAAAUUUAUUGAGAUAUUUGGUUAUCAAAGAUAAUGAAAAUGACAAUCAAACUGGAUUAUGGACAGAACUUGGAAAAAUUGAGAAUAAUUACUUAAAGCCACUCCAUAUAGGACUUAAUAUGUCAAAAGCACAUUAUGAAGCAGAAAUUAAAAAUAGCCAAGAAAAUAGCCAAGAAUUCCAGAAUUCUAAAGACUUUUGUUCUGUAACUGUAGGUGGAGAAGAGAUCCCUAAUAUGCCUCCUGAAAUGCAGCUUAAGGUCCUACAUUCAGCACUUUACACAUUUGAUUUGAUUGAAAGUGUUCUGGCUCGAGUAGAAGAACUCAUUGAAAUAAAAACAAAGUCUACCUCUGGAGAAAAUACUGGGAUAAAGUGAAAGCUUUGUUUCCUAAAUAAAAGUUAGUAAAAUACUGUAUUUUCCAAUAUGAUUUAAUGCCUUUACAAAAAAUUUUCUGUAAAACACCGUUAUAAAAAUAAAUGUAGCUUAUCAGGUUCUGUAAUGAUACAUUAUGUAUAAGUAGUAUUCUUUGGUUUUAAAAAUAUAACCUGAUAAAUAAUGCCCAUAUAUGAUAAAUACUA